AUGGAGGCGGCGCGGUCCCGCCGCGGCCCGGGAAAGGCGCGGGCCAGGGAGCAGACCCCGGCCGGAGCCAGGCGGAACGCUGCUGCGCGGAACGCGCGGCGCGGCUUCUGUUCCCAGCCGGCGGCGGGGCGGCGGCGGGCACGGAGCGCGGGCACGAUGUGGGGCCGUGUACGUGUCUGGGGCGGCGGCGGCUUCGCAUCGCGGCUCCUCGGGGCGGCGGCGGCACCGCGGCUGCACGGCAGCCCUCACAGCAAAGUACAGAAACCCUUCAGCACAAGCAGCGUGCUUUCUGCCGAGAAAGAUGAAUGUACCACUUCCAAAGGCAGCACCACUGAGGGGGCAUCAAAGAGGCAGGAGGGUACAGCAGAAACACCAAAGCAGAAGCUGUUAGACAUUAUUGGUAAUAUGAAAGUGGAAGUGAGCUACAGAAAGAAACUCCAACAGUUAAAAGCCAGUGAGAAGAAAAAGAACAACCUGGAAGGCCCAGACAGUGAAGGUCCUCAGAGAACUGCAGAAAGCAUCCAACGAGGAAAGCCUUUAAAUCCAGAACUGGUGAAGGCUGCUUCUGCAGUCGCGUCUUCCCUUCCACUCAACAAGAAACAGACAGAAUCGGAACUACUUGCACAACUAAGAAGACAUGAAGAAACCACAGAUAAACAGAAGAAGGGGGAAACUAUUAACAUACGCAACGUUAUUUCAGAAAUGACAGUCAAAAAGCAGUCCCCAGCUCAGAGGGGUUUGAGGAUAUCCAGUCGCAUUUCCUUGGAGUUGGAUGAUGAUGGUCAAAGAAUAAGGCCUGAAAGAUUUUCGUCUCAGUCUUUUGACUCCAGAAGAAGUCUCAAAGUAGGAAAGAGACUUAAUAUAUUCACUAAGGCUUCUACAGAACCAGAACGCGCACUGAAAACAGUACCUCCACCAACAAUUUGGGAUCUGGAGUUUGCAAAGGAGAUUGCAGCAAUAACUGCACAGCCUCCCCGAAAUGGUUUUGAGGAGAUGAUCCAGUGGACAAAAGAAGGAAUACUGUGGGAGUUCCCAAUUGACAACGAAGUCGGGAUGGAUGAUGACGCUGAAUUUCAUGAACAUAUCUUUCUGGACAAACACCUCGAAGGCUUUCCCAAGGAAGGACCUAUUCGCCACUUCAUGGAACUAGUCAUCUGUGGGCUCUCAAAAAACCCAUACCUCAGUGUUAAGCAGAAGAUUGAACAUAUUGAAUGGUUUGAGAAGUAUUUUGAGGAAAAGAAGGAACUUCUUCAAGAGAUUUGAGACUUGGGAAAGUGCUUACCCUUGAAAUGAAGAAUCAUUGUGUCGCGAAUGACGAUUUGUUAUAAUGGAAAUACUGUCAGUGCAUAGUAAUUGUGUGACCUGAAAGUUGUAUUUUAAAUAAUAAACUGAAAGGUCAUACUUUCUUAUGUGCGUGUCCAUGUAUAUGUAGAUACUUUUGACAACAAAAGAAGGAACUGAAAAGUAAGGCUUUUGUAGAAUGUGCAUUUAAAAUUUAGUUUAUUAAAAUUGUUGUCUUUUGAAUUUGAAACUUC